AGAUGUUCAGCUUCAGAAAACGAGCCCUGGAUGAUGUGGAAGCAGGAGCAGCAGAGGAGAAGAAACUAAAAGUAAUUCGGCCACAGAGACUUCCUCAUGGUCUGUACAAUCAGGGCGCCACAUGCUACCUCAACAGUGUCCUGCAAGUUCUCUUCAUGACAACAGAGAUCCAUGACAGGUUGGAUCCAAAAUCACAGAUCACAGAUGAAGAGCUGAGAAACCUCUUUGAAGAACUGAAAAAAGCAACAUGUGGAACAGAAAAGAUCACGGAGAUUUUGGCCAUUGAAAAUGUUCAUGAACAACGUGAUGCUGUUGAAUGCCUUGAGCUGAUUUUACAUGAGGUCAGCCCACAGGCCUCUGAGGUUUUCGAAGGACAGCUAGCGUACACAACAAAGUGCUCUGAUGGCCACAACAUCAACGAAGAGACGAAUCCAUUCUGGACUCUUCCUCUGUCACUGAAAGAUACCCAUGAUGAUACAACCUACAGCGUGGAAAAUGGCUUUAAAAGGAUUUUCCAGCUGAAAUCAUUCAGCGGAGACAACAUGGUGUACUGCAACGAAUGUGAAAAGAAAACAGACGCAACCUGUGGAUGUGAGAUGGUGACAUAUCCUCAGAUUUUGAUUCUACUCCUCAAGAGGUUUGACUUUGACUACAGCACCAUGUCAUAUUUCAAGACGAACCGCUGUGUGGACGUGCCACGAACGUUACAGAGAAAGAACAACAAGUACGAACUGUAUGGGAUGGUGAAUCACAUGGGGGGUCUCAGAGGAGGACAUUACACAGCCACCAUCCUGUCCAACGAGGACAAAACCUGGUAUGAGUUUAAUGACGAUCACGUCAGCCAGACUGGCUGUGAUGCUGAGUGGCCCUUUGAGGAGGUUUGUAAAAUGGCUCUUCUGACCCCUGAAGAAAGGGAUUAUUUUGAAAGUAAAAUCUUCAGCAACACUGGCGAGAGUUACUUGGAUGUCAAAGUGUGUCCUGGAUGCCAGUCUCGUGUGAUGAGAACUGACCUCCAUGAUCUCAGCGUCCAGUGCCCAGUGUGCACAGCGAGGAGAAGAAGGGCUUAUCUGUUCUGCUGGCAGUGUUUGAAGAAGUGGAAAGGCCCAGCUCCACGUUCAGACCGCUGUGGGAAUGCAGACUGCCAAGACCCACUGGAAAUACUGAGAAACUGCCCGGAUAUCACCUUCAAGGAUGUGGAGGGGGUCACUGGCUGUCCCUCCAUCCGUGCCUGUCCCACCUGUGGUGUUCUGGUGGAGCAUAAUAGAACUUACUGUAAAAACAUUUAUUGUGUGCGGUGUAAGGUGGAGUUCUGUUUUGUGUGUCUGAAGCUCACUAAAGAGUGUGCGGAUGUGAAGAACGCAUCCUCAUAUUUUGAACUUUGCCCCAGUGGUGUCGCACCAAGACAGACCUCUAUACCUGUGUGGCAGAGGACAUGA